GUGGACAUGCCAGAGACACUCAGCGACGUUCACGCCAUCCCAUUCUAUGAUUGAUUCUAUGAACUCUGCAAUUUCAAUUUUCAACUCAAGAUUUGUUCAUCCGUUUCUUUUCGUAACCGGUUCAUUCAUUCCCUCUGCCGUCUCUCGCUCUUCCUCGAUAAAGGAGGUUCGGGGAAAAGUUAAAUUAUUAUUACUUUUUUUCAAGUUGUCUUUGUUGGCAUCAAAAUGAAGAUCCACCGGGUGGGAAAUGAACGCGUGUUAAUUAAGCUCAUGACCAGAAAUUUGUUGCACCCAGUUUCCAUGUUCGGACAAAUCUGUCUCAUUCACCGAAGGGAAGAAGAUUUAUUAUCCCUUAUCGCCGCCGCUACAGUUUCAUCUACCCGACAAUGGAGAAUAAACCAGAGAAAGCAGCAUCUCCGCUGGUUUUUGCUGUUAAUCAGCAGAGAUUUGAGCUCUCUACCGUUGAUCCUUCUACUACUUUGCUUCACUUUCUGCGCCACCAUACUCCUUUCAAGAGUGCCAAGCUUGGCUGUGGUGAAGGUGGUUGUGGUGCUUGUGUUGUGCUAUUGUCCAAGUAUGAUCCUGUGUUAGAUAAGGUUGAGGAUUUUACUGUAAGUUCAUGCCUCACCUUGCUUUGUAGUAUUCAUGGGUGUUCUGUUACAACCAGUGAAGGUCUUGGAAAUAGCAAGGACGGUUUCCACUCAAUUCAUCAAAGGUUUGCUGGAUUCCAUGCUUCUCAGUGUGGCUUUUGUACCCCUGGAAUGUGUGUUUCACUUUUUUCUGCUCUCGUCGAUGCUGAAAAGACCAAUCGACCUGAGACCUCUCCGGGAUUCUCGAAACUUACGGUUUCUGAAGCUGAAAAGGCUAUUUCUGGAAACCUCUGUCGCUGUACAGGAUAUAGGCCCAUUGCUGAUGCCUGCAAGAGUUUUGCUGCUGAUGUUGAUAUGGAGGAUUUGGGGCUAAACUCAUUCUGGCGGAAGGGGUGUGGUGAGGAUGUAAAAUUGAGUAAAUUACCACCAUAUAGUCAAAGUAAUGGCCUCUUGUCAUUUCCUGAAUUUUUAAAAAAGGAACUUAGGCCUAUCCCUUUUGUGGACUCUAAGGGACGCUCUUGGUUAAAUCCGGUUAGUGUCGAGGAUCUAAACAGAUUGUUAGAAAGCAAUGAGACUAGCAAUACAAGUAAAAUAAAAUUCGUUGUAGGCAACACAGAAGUGGGAUAUUACAAAGAAUUUGAACAUGUUGAGAGAUAUAUUAAUCUUAAACACAUCCCUGAGUUGUCAGUUAUCAGAAGGGAUUCAACAGGAAUAGACAUUGGUGCAACGGUGACGAUUGCAAAGGCUAUUGAGGCUCUGAAAAAUAAUAACCACGAACCAUCCUCAGUAGGUGAGCUGGUGUUCAGUAAAAUAGCAGACCAUAUGGAGAAAAUUGCCUCUGGGUUUGUCCGAAAUACUGCGAGCAUUGGGGGAAAUUUAAUGAUGGCACAAAGAAGACAGUUUCCUUCAGAUAUUGCCACAAUACUCCUUGCUGCAGGUUCCAUGAUUAGUAUAUUAACUGGUUCCAACGAAGAAGUGAUUAUGUUGGAUGAGUUUCUUAAAAGGCCUCCAUUGGGUCCUAAAUGUGUACUUUUAAGUGUCAAGAUCCCAAAUUGGGAUUCAGUUAGAGAUAUUUAUCCAAAUGAUACUACUGUAUUGUUUAAUACUUUUAGACCAUCGCCUCGGCCUCUUGGAAAUGCACUACCGUACCUAAAUGCUGCUUUCUUAGCUGUAAUCUCUCCAUGUAAAAGUUCAAAUGGGAUCCUUUUAAAUAGUUGUCACUUGUCUUUUGGAGCCUAUGGGACCAAACAUGCCAUUAGAGCAAGAAAGGUCGAAGAAUUUUUAGCUGGAAAAGUUAUGGAUUAUAAUGUAAUAUUUGAAGCUGUCUCAUUGAUUGCAGCUACUAUAGUUCCUGAAAAGGGUACUUCAUCUCCUUCUUAUAGGACAAGCUUAGCCGUUGGCUUUCUUUUUGAGUUCUUAAGCUCCUUAGUUGAUGGAAAUGUUACCAUCAAGAGUGAUUGCCUAAAUGGAUGCAAGAAUACCUUUACAACAUUACCUGAUAGAUUUACUUCAAACCACGACCUGUUUGGUUAUAAAAACACUGCAACUCUACUAUCAUCUGGAAAGCAGACGCUCGAAUUAAAUUCAGAAUACCAUCCCGUUGGAGAUACCGUUACAAAAUCCGGAGCUGCUAUCCAAGCUUCAGGUGAGGCUAUCUAUGUGGAUGAUAUUCCUUCACCAACAAAUUGCCUAUAUGGAGCAUUCAUAUACAGCCGAAAGCCUUUGGCAAGGGUGAAUGGGUUAACUUUUUCUCCUGAAUAUCAACCAAAGGGAGUUAUUGCUGUUAUUUCCACCAAAGAUAUUCCUGUGGGUGGACAUAACGUUGGAGCUAGAACUAUGUUUGGUGAUGAAGUUCUAUUUGCAGAUAAGCUGACUGAGAGCGUUGGUCAGCCACUUGCUUUUGUGGUUGCGGAUACACAGAAACAUGCCGAUACGGCAGCAGACUUUGCAGUAGUGGAUUAUGACAUAGAUGAUUUGGAAGCACCUAUCCUUUCUGUAGAAAGUGCUCUUGAAAGAUCAAGCUUUUUUGAGGUCCCUGCAUUUUUGUAUCCAGAACAGGUUGGAGAUAUGUCAAAAGGAAUGACUGAAGCUGAUCACCAUAUUAAGGCUGCUCAGAUCAAACUUGGGUCACAAUAUUACUUUUAUAUGGAGACACAAACUGCCCUUGCCAUUCCAGAUGAAGAUAACUGCAUGGUAGUCUACAGUUCAAGUCAAUGGCCUGCUAAUGCACAUUCUGUUAUUGCAAAAUGUCUUGGCGUUCCUGCACAUAAUAUCCGUGUAAUUACUAGGAGGGUUGGAGGAGGCUUUGGUGGAAAGGCUAUCAAAUCUAUGGCUGUUGCUACGGCAUGUGCCCUUGCAGCCCACAAGUUACGCCGUCCAGUCAGGAUUUAUCUUAACAGGAAGACUGACAUGAUAAUGAUGGGAGGGCGACAUCCAAUGAAGAUUACUUACAACGUGGGGUUCAAAUCUAAUGGUAAAAUUACAGCAUUGGAUUUAGAAAUAUUGGUUGAUGCGGGGAUGAGUUGUGAUAUAAGUCCAGUUAUGCCACACAACAUUGUCAAUGCACUUAAGAAGUAUGAUUGGGGUGCUUUAUCUUUUGACAUAAAAGUAUGCAAAACAAACCACACAAGCAAAUCUGCAAUGCGAGCGCCUGGAGAGGUACAAGGAUCCUUUAUUGCUGAGGCGGUGAUUGAACAUGUAGCAUCUACCCUUUGCAUGGAUGUUGAUACUAUCCGAAAAGUAAAUCUGCAUACGUUUGACAGCCUCAGCAGAUUCUUCAAGGAUGUAGGUGAACCUCAAGAGUACACAUUACCUUCCAUUUGGGAUAGGUUAGCCACAUCUUCAAACUUAAAACAAAGGACUGAAAUGUUGAAUGAAUUUAAUAGCUGCAAUAGAUGGAAAAAGAGAGGUCUUUCUCGAAUUCCUAUUACGCACGAGGUACUUUUGAGACCAACCCCUGGUAAAGUGAGCAUUCUAACUGAUGCUUCUGUUGUUGUGGAAGUCGGAGGCAUUGAACUUGGCCAGGGGCUAUGGACAAAGGUAAGACAGAUGGUUGCAUAUGCCCUCAGCUCAAUUGAAUGUGAUGGAACCGGUAACCUCUUGGAAAAGGUGAGAGUGGUUCAAUCUGAUACUGUCAGCUUAAUACAAGGAGGGUGUACAGCUGGGAGUACUACCUCUGAAUCAAGCUGCGAAGCAGUUAGACUUUGCUGCAAUAUAUUGGUAGAGAGACUACAACCUCUCAAGAAAAGACUGGAGGAGAAAACGGGUUCGGUCAAAUGGGAUGUGCUUAUAAGCCAGGCAAACUUGGAAUCAGUGAAUUUAUCAGUUAAUUCUAUGUACAUUCCCGACUUUGUGUCAAUGCGAUACUUGAACUAUGGAGUUGCAGUUAGUGAGGUGGAGAUUAAUCUUCUCACCGGAGAAACGUCAGUUUUACGUUCAGAUAUUAUCUAUGAUUGUGGACAGAGCCUCAACCCUGCAGUAGAUUUGGGACAGGUUGAAGGAGCCUUUGUUCAAGGAAUUGGAUUUUUUAUGUCAGAAGAAUACCUGACAAAUUCUGAUGGACUAAUGAUUAAUGCCAGCACGUGGACUUACAAAAUUCCGACAAUUGACACCAUACCGAAACAGUUCAACGUCCAAAUUUUGAACUCCGGACAUCAUAAAAAACGCGUUCUCUCUUCAAAAGCUUCUGGAGAACCACCAUUGCUACUAGCUGCAUCAGUUCACUGUGCAACACAAGCGGCAAUUAAAGAAGCACGUAAACAGAUACGAAGAUGGCGCGGUCAAGACGAGUCUGAUCACGCGUUUCAGCUGGAGGUUCCUGCUACCUUGCCUGUUGUUAAAGAGGCAUGCGGGCUAGACUGUGUGGAAAGUUACUUGAAAUGGAUCAAUGAAUCAGAAGUAGACGCAUUGCGAGCUGAUCAAAACACAGCUAGGCAGUAAGAUGCGUUUGGAUGAACUCUUAAACUUCUGGGAAGCUUAGAGGUCAGAGCAGUGGGUUGAACUAAUGGUGCUAUCUACCGUCUGAAGCGACAUGAGAAGCAAAAGGGUCAAGAGGUGUAAUAAAAGGAGGCAUGCUGAUAUGAUAUUCCAAUGUAAAAUUUUAAUCUUUGCUUAAAUUUCAUUUGGACAUAGUUCAAUUACUUCUAAGUUAAACUCAUUACCUACAUAUUUGUUGUAGGUUAAAGUCAAAGUGAGUUUAACCGGUAUGUAAUAUAUACCUUCGAUCGAAAGGUCGAGGUUUGAAUCUUCAGGUUAAAUAAAUUUAUCUUUUCUUUAUUUUA